UCCUGUCACUCUGUCUCUCCGUCUUCUCACUCUCACUCACUUCACUCUUUCUUUGCUUCCGCAGUCAUUCUCUCUCUCUCUCUCUCUCUCUCUCUGCGGAAAACCCAAAGGUCUCAUUGUGCGACUCAGUUCCCACAGCAACAUUCCAAAUGUGCCGUCCAUGGUCGGCUACUCCCACCAUUCUCUCUUCUCCUUUUCUUUGGGGCUGCACACAUAGAUAGAACAUCAACCUUCACGCCAUCAUUAUGGGCUGUGUUCAGGCCAAGCCAUUGGAUUUCGAAGCUUCGGAGUACAGGGGCCUAGAGAGGCUGAAGUUGGACAAUGGGUAUGUGCCAAGUACCGAUUUUGUUGCUCAUAGAAGAUCCACUGGUCAAAGACUUGCGCCUAAUAAGGAGUACGAUAGGUUGCAUCAUCAGAGAGAACAACAACAACAACAACAACCCAGAAGGGAAAGUAAAGUUGAGUCGAAGGGUAAGUUGGUUGGUAGAGAGGGGAGGAGAGUCGCACGUGAUGAUAACAAGUUGCCAAACAAGUGUUGUUUUGAGGAUGAGAUGGUUGAUGGCUGGCCAAGGUGGUUGGUUGAUAAUGUUCCUAAACAUGUCUUUGCUGGCUUGGUUCCCAAAAGUGCUGAAGCCUUCAAGAUGAUUGAUAAGGUAGGACAAGGAACCUACAGCAAUGUUUAUAAAGCUCUGGAUCGAGACACUGGGGAAAUUGUGGCCCUGAAGAAGGUUCGCUUCAAUACAUCAGAGCCUGAAAGCAUUAAGUUUAUGGCAAGAGAAAUUAUGAUAUUACAGAGACUGGAUCAUCCCAAUGUAGUAAAACUUAAAGGAUUAGCCACUUCAAGAAUGCAGUACAGUAUAUAUCUUGUUUUUGACUUCAUGCAAACAGAUUUGGCAAGAAUUAUCGCUCAUUCUGAAGAGAGACUAACUGAACCGCAGGUCAAGUGCUAUAUGCAUCAAUUGCUUUCAGGUCUGCAGCAUUGCCAUGAUAGGGGAAUUCUGCAUCGAGAUAUAAAGGGGUCAAACCUUUUGAUUGAUAAAAAUGGGAUGCUUAAGAUUGCAGAUUUUGGGCUUGCCAAUUUUUAUGGUCCAGACUGUCACCAACCUCUCACAAACCGGGUUGUGACACUAUGGUACCGAGCUCCUGAGUUGUUGUUAGGUGACACAAAUUAUGGAGUUGGUAUUGAUCUAUGGAGUGCUGGAUGUCUUUUGGCAGAAAUGUUUAAAGGAGUUCCAAUCAUGCCUGGCAGAACUGAGGUUGAGCAAAUUCAUAAAAUUUUCAGGCUAUGUGGCACACCAUCAGAGGAGUAUUGGAGGAAAUUUAAACUUUCUACAACUUUUAGACCUCCGAAGUCUUAUAGACCUAGCCUUGUUGAAACUUUCAGGGAUCUCCCUCCAUCUUCCUUGGGUCUUUUAUGCACUUUGCUUGCUUUGGAUCCUGUAUUCCGUGGUAGUGCAUCUAAAGCUCUAAACAAUCAGUUUUUCUUUACAAGCCCAUUGGCAUGUGACCUCUCUGGUCUGCCUGCAGUCUUCAGAGAGGAUGAGGAGCCUGUUCAAGAUAAUGAACAGAUCAAGUACAUGAACUCCAAAAUCAGGCGUUCUCGCACAUAUCUUGAGCGUCGCAAGAAUUCAGUAUCUAAGAGGCCAAUAGAGCAUACUGUAUCUUCUAAAGAGGAAUUGAUAAGGAAUGCUAAUCCUGAAACUUAUGCUCCAACUGAAGACAUGGAUAGCACAAGUAGUACAUCAUCUAGUGUAAACCCUGGUGGGGCUAAGGACCAAUCACCUUUAUUUCCAUCUCCAUUUCAGGCUUCAGAUCAAAGGCUGUCUCCCAAAACCCAUCACCAUGUUGGUGAAAGAAACAUCAAGAACCUUCCUCCAUUACUCAAGUCAAAACCAAAUGCUACCAAGAAAGAUGACAGCAGAUACAGACCAGGCCAUGUUUUCAGGUCAGCUUCCACCAGAGAAUUUAGAUACUCAAAAAGGGAGGAACGUUUACUCUUGGACAUUGAUGAUUAGAAUAUGUAAACCCAAAAUGGCUGUUUUUAUUUUAGUAUUAUUUGGUGUAUUCUGAAAAGCUCUAAACAUUCUUUUCCCUCUUGGUGUGGCCUGAUUUGUCAACCCAUUCGCCUAACAUUUUGAUUCUUCUGUUCAAUAAGCAUCAGCUCAAGUUGCAUGCUUGCCAAAUCUCUUUGAUUAGAUUGUAAAUGAACUUUACUGUUGUUUUAUACAUUUCCUGGGCAGAAUUUUAUGCACACCGUUGAAUUCCAUGAUUUGAGCAUCGAAUAA